AUGGUAGCCACAAAUUAUUGUUCAUCAUCAUCUACAACUCAAAAAUCAGUUGAAAAACCUCCACUACCACGUAAUCAAACAAAUUUAGCUGGAUUAUACAAUCAAGGUGCUACAUGUUAUCUCAAUGCAUUGAUUCAAACACUAUGUUUUACACCAGAAUUUCGUGAAAACUUAUUUAGAUUAUCAGCUGAAGAUUUAAAUUUUGUACCACUAUCUUCAACAGCAGCAAUAACCACAACAAAUCAAAAUCUUUCGCCAAAGGUUCGAAAAAUUCCUGUAGAAUUACAACGUUUAUUUGCUAAAUUACUUUUACUCAAUGAACAAGCAUGUUCAUCAACCAAAUUAACCGAUAGUUUUGGCUGGACCGCUGAAAACGCUGUUCUAACAUUUCAACAUCAAGAUAUUCAUGAAUGUAAUAAGAUCGUAUUUCAAGCAAUUGAAGAUUCAUUAAUUCGAACAAAAGAAGGUGAUUUGAUUAAAAAUUUAUAUCGAGGAACCACUGUUAACUGUACACAAUGUAAAAAAUGUAAAUCAACUCAUAAAGUGUCGGAAGAUUAUUAUGAUUUACCAAUAAUUGUUCAAGGUUGUUCAAAUUUAGAACAAUCAUUAGCAAAUACAUUUCAAUUUUCGGAAGAUUUAACGGGUGAUAAUCAAUAUCGAUGUUCAACAUGUCAAUCUUUGUGUGAUGCUGAAAAGACGUGUAAAAUACGUCGUUUACCACCAAUUUUAACAUUAUCAUUACAACGUUUUACAUGGGAUCUUAAAACUGGUAAACGCAUAAAAAAAACGACUCGUUAUGAUUUUCCAUUUGAAAUUGAUUUGAAAAGUUAUUGUGAAGAUACAUUGAAAGAUACCAAUUAUGAAUUAUUUGCUGUUGCUAUUCAUAAGGGUACACCAUAUUCAGGACAUUAUUAUGCUUAUAUAAAAGAUAUUGAUCAUAUUGGUGCAUGGACAAGACCACUGAAUAAACAAGCACCGAAAGAGAGAAUAACACGUAGUACAGCAAGUGCAAAAAAAGCGUCAGGAAUAAUUGUUAUUGAUCCUGUACAAGAAUCAAAUGAAGAAGAAAAACGAAUGAUGAUAGAAACAAUAAAAACUAUUAUAUCGUCUAUAUGUGAUAAAAAUAAUCCAUUUGCAAAAACUAAUGCAAUUUUAGAGGCAAAUACAGAUAAUUCCUGGCGAUCAAAUCGAUCAAAUCGUAAAUAUGGAACAUUUUUGAAGUUUUUAAGAGAUCAUCCAAAAAUAUUUGAAUUAACAUCGGAUAACCAAUCUGUACGGAUUCGACACGAAGCAAUUGAUGAAGAUGUUAUGGAUGUUGAUGAACCAUUGAAUAAUGGGGAUGAUGAUGAUAAUCAGAUGGAUACAACAACACCAGUAGAUGAUCAAAACGAAGACGAACAUUGGUUUUGUUUUGACGAUUCAUCUGUUACUUGUGUGACAAAACAAAUGAUUGAAAAACAUUUUACACAAAAUGAAUGUGCUUAUAUGUUAUUUUAUCGUAAUAUGAAUUUAAGACGAAAAUCUACAAAAAUCUCAGAUAAUCAUCAUCAUCAGACAAAUGGAAUUUCACAAUGCUUUAUUCCACAAUGGCUUGUAGAUGAAAUUGAUGAAUUAAAUCGAGUAUUAGCUAAACAACGAUUAAUAAUAUGUAUAUGUCUUGUUUAUAGAGAAGUUUAUGAAAAUAUUCAAAAUCAGUUUUUAACAACAAUCUAUCCGGGUGAAUGGUUUCAAGUGAUUGAAGGAAGAUUAAAUGUGAAUAAUCAAGAAUCCAUUCUUCCUGCACCGUUUGGUGAACAUACACUCGAUAAACGUCAAAAUGUUAACGACUUUAUGUUAACAUUAGAAGGCUUAUUUGGCCAAUCUUGUACAUUUUAUGUUGCUAAAAAAUUAAAAUCUGGUCAAUUUCAUGGUAUUAGUGAAUUAUCAGUGUGUGUUAAUGAUACAACAUUAGGAAAAACUGAUUUAUACACAUAUCGAAAUAUAAUUGUAUUUGAAAAAGUUGAUAUGUUAAAAAGUGUUUUGUUUGGUGAAGAUUAUGAACCAAUUAUGUUAAAAGUUGUAUUUGCCUUAAGCGAUGAACAACCAUCAACAUCUUUGAAAAAAGAUUUUCUUCGUUAUAUACCAAAAUGUGUUACAAUAAAAGAAUUAAAACAACAAUUAUUUAAUGAAUAUUAUCAAAUUGGAAAUGAUUCAUUAUCAUCGCCGAAAACAAAUGAAAAACAACAACAAACAUUAAGACAAAUUCGAUUAGGAAAAUUAAAUUUAGAAGAAAAAAAUGAACGACGAAAAUUUAGAGAAUUUAAAGAAGCUGAAGAAAGUCAUACAAUAUGGGAUAUUGGUUUACGAGAUAAUGAUACAAUUGGUAUUGAUAAUAGACAAACUUUUACACAAAGUAAAUGGAAAGAUGCUGCAUUAUCAACGAAUACCACAAGUAAACUAUGUCUGACAAUAAGAAAUGCUUAUGAUGAUAAAAAAAUGACUCAAACUUAUGCAAGUAAUACGUCCAUAGGAGAAGUAAAAUUAGUGGCUGUAUCGGCAUUUGGUUUAUCCAUUAAUAUUGAUGAAUGUCGUUUGCAUCUUGAUGAUGAUACAGACGAAGCUUUAUUGCCACUGUAUGAUAAUCAAACCGUUGAUCAAAUUAAUUUUAGAAAUGAAACAAAUUUAUGUUUAAAACCAGGUCAAGCGUUAUAUGAAGAAGAUUUUCUAUUAUUUAUUCAAUCAGAUUUUGAACCGUCCCCACUGGAAAUAGUUGUGAAUCAAAAUAUCAAAUUAAAUGAGUUAAUAAAACGAAUAAAAAUGAAACUGAGAAUAAAUCCUGAAGAUGACUAUUAUUUGUGUACAAGUACAUGGUGUAAUGAUGAAGGAGAUAAAUUAAAUGAUUUUGAACAAUCGUUACAAACAAAUAAUCUUAAACAUGGAUCACGUUUACAAUUAGUGGCUGGCUCUAUACCACCGAAAAACCAUGUACGAUUGAAGUUAUCGAGAAUUAUUAGAAAAUAUACCACACCAAAAGCUGCUAUUCAUACAAAACCAUUCUAUGAAUUGGAAGCCAUUGAUGGUAAUUUUGAAUUACCAAAUACAGCACAAUUUCAUGUACUUCGAGAACGUAUUGCCACAAUGUUGCAUGAUACAAAAGCUUGUGAACGAAUUCGAUUGUACGAGAUUGGUGAAGAUGGGCAACCAAAAUCUAUUAUUCAUGAGCCAACAGCAGUAACACUCAAACAAAAAAAAGUCAGUGAUCUUGACUCAUCUGCAUUUGAAAUAUUGCCACAUGCAGAAAAUUUAGGUAAAAAAGAUCUUCUAAUCAACUUAGUUUACUCAAAAGUCGAUGAUAAUAAUCAAUAUUUUGAGCAUUUACUCGAAUUACAUUGGCCAUUGAAAGAGAAUAUUAUUGCUAAAUAUGAAUAUUUAUACGAUCAUGUACAACGAAAAAUAAUAUCAUAUAUUCGUAAUAAUCUGCAAUAUUCUCCUGUUAUCUCACGUCAAUCAUCAGCUAAUAAUAAUUCGAAUGAUCGUAAUCUCAAAUUGACAUUAGCUCGAUAUUUUCCUGAUACGGCCAAAUGGAAAAUAAUUGAUCCACCUAUAUCAACAAAUCCAAAUCAAAAUAAAAAAGGUGGUAGUGGUAAAGGUAGUACAACUGUUCAAGUAAAUUUGAGAAAUCAACCGAUUAGUAUUACAGAUUUAUGUACAAUUGGAGUUCUUGAAGGUGAAAAAUUGACGAUAGCCGAUUUUGAAACAGCCUACGAUCGUGAUAAACAAAAACAAAUUGAACUUGAUCAAGAUAAAAAACGUACUCAACGUUCACAAAACCGUGCAGAUAAUGAUUUAAAUAAUAAUACUAGCAACAACAGUGAUGGAACAUCAAAGCGAGGUAGAAGUCCACAGCGAGCGUUAAAAAUUGAAGUUGAUGAUUUUUAUUCUGUGCCAUAA